AUGGCGCUCAAUAAUCGUUACUGCAAGGAAGAGUUUGUAGCAGCUGCGCGUAAACAUAAGGAACUCAAAGUUUCCCAACUGGGAUACGCCGAUGAAGGCCAUGUUUACGUCAACGACCAUCUCACGCUAUUUAAUAAAGCUCUUCUUAAGAAGGUGAAAGAUCUGGCGAAAACAAAAAACUUCAAAUAUGUGUGGAUAAAACAUUGCAAGAUUCUGGCCCGAAAAUCCGACACAUCACCGACGUUCCGCAUAAAAUCAGAAAAAGAUCUUCUAAAAUUUUCAUAA